AUGCGCCUCACUACGCUAAUAGCUUGCGGCUAUCUCACCUUAGAGACGCAUACUUGCCGUAUGUGCUGUAUAAUGAGGCUCCUAAUACCCCUACUACUACUUAUUAAAAAGGCCAAAGUCCCCCUUUCCAUCGGUUCCUACUUCAAUUCAUAUCCAUCUUUACUGUCUAAAACUUGUCUCCAAACUAACUGCGAAAUCUUCAGUUUAACUCCAUCGAAUACCAUAUGCGGUACCUGUCGACGAUCGUUUUUUCCAUCGCCAUCAUCACUGCUCUAG